AUGAAAGAGGGUUUCCCAAACUCCGCCAAGCUGGAUAGGUACAGAGUCGACCGCUAUGGCCACGCCAACGACGACGCCCCUGACUACCGUCGUCCCUCCCUCUUCUCCGACGCCGUCAUCCCCCCUCGCCGCAGCCCCCCUUCCUAUCGCUCCGGCGGCCCUGCCCGCGGCGGCUUCGACAGUCCGCCUCAUCACUCUCCCGCUGGAUUCCCGCCUUUGGGCCCCGCCGGUCCCGCUCCCGUUGGCGGAGGGUUUCGCCCCCCCCAUCCGGAGCCUCCGCCGCAGCUCUCCGGUCAGAAACGCGGCCAUCCUUUCUCUGCCCGUGGUGGCUCACCAGAUCGUGUAGAUAGAGGAAAUUUUGCCAAGCUUUUCGUUGGAUCAGUUCCGAGGACAGCUACUGAGGGACAGAUUCGCCCUUUGUUUGAAGAACAUGGAGACGUGGUAGAGGUUGCGCUGAUCAAAGACAAGAGAACAGGACUGCAGCAAGGUUGUUGUUUUAUCAAGUAUGCAACCUCAGAAGAAGCUGAUAGGGCCAUUAGAGCUUUGCAUAAUCAACAUACUCUUCCUGGGGGAGUCGGUCCUAUCCAAGUCAGAUAUGCUGAUGGGGAACGAGAACGCCUUGGUGCAGUUGAGUACAAACUGUUUGUGGGCUCACUAAACAAACAAGCUUCGGAAAAGGAAGUUGAGGAGAUUUUUUCACCAUAUGGUCAAGUUGAAGAUGUUUAUCUCAUGCGUGAUGAAUUGAAGCAGAGUCGUGGAUGUGGAUUUGUUAAGUAUUCCCACCGAGACAUGGCCUUGUCGGCAAUAAAUGGUCUAAACGGGCGUUAUACUAUGAGAGGUUGUGAGCAACCACUAACUGUCCGGUUUGCUGAUCCUAAAAGGCCUAGGCCUGGAGAAUCAAGGGGUCCUGCUUUUGGAGGUCCAGGUUUUGGUCCUCGGUUUCAAAGCCCAGGGGCCAGACCAGUACCCAACUUUGGUGAUCCUACGAGUGAUCAGAUUCCAACUAAUUCUUGGCAUCCAAUUAGUCCACCAAACUUGGUGCCAUCCCCGAAUCCUAGUAUUCGUAGCUUCGGGGGCCAUUUGUUUCCUAGGUCUGGAGACAUGGGACCCUUUAAUUCGGGUGGGCAUGGCAAUUCUGUUGAGGGUCCACAUACUGCGAUGGCAGUUUCAUCUCAAACAACGCAGCAGAGUCUUAACCAGUCAAUACCACAUAUGGGUCAGCAAAUAUCCCCAUUACAGAAGCAUAAUCAGUCACCUCAGCAUUUGCCACCUUCCCUCCAUCAGCACCCUCAAACACCAUCACCCUAUGCGCACACACAAACAGCACGACAGGUUGGUCAACCACAGCUUCCUCCUGCUGGCCAAACACCAUUUAAUCAAGCUUUACCAUCACAAAGGUUACAUGGUUUGGGCGGACAGCUGUCAAUCUCUCAGCCUGAGGUCCAGCAGAAUGCAUCUUCUGCUCCAACACUUCCGACCCUUUUGAAUAUCAACUUAAAAUCCCAUUCGAUGUCCGCAACAAAUCAACAGCAACGUCCUUCUGCUCCUGCUCAGCAACAACUUCAAACUCUUCAGCAGGCUCCUUCUCAGUUAGCUCAGAUGUUGUCGCAACAGACACAAACUCUGCAGGCAAGCUUUCAAUCGUCUCAGCAGGCAUUCUCCCAGCUGCAACAACAGUUGCAGCAAAUGCAGCCAUCAAAUCAGGGUCUGGCAUUGCAUCAGCCUUCCCAGUCCACUAAACAGCAGCAGUCUCAAUGGAAUGGAAUAGUACCACAGACAGUUGCCAAUACUCCUGCCACAACACCAGCUGCAGAUGUGCCUUCAGCCACAUCUGCUGCUCCUGCUAUACCUGUAACAAACCAGAAUAUAACUCCUACAAAAUGUGUUUGGACAGAGCAUACCUCCCCGGAUGGAUACAAGUACUAUUAUAAUAGUGCAACAGGUGAAAGCAAGUGGGAAAAACCUGCCGAACUUGCAUUGUUUGAGCAACAGCAGCACCACCAAAAGGCGUCAGUUCAGCAGCCUCAUACCCCUUCACUCCCUCAAAGUGUAUCUGCGCAGCAGCAAGUUUCUCAAACACAACAUAUGCAUCUUCAAACUCAUCUUCAACCACAGCCUCGGCCCAAUCUUCAGUCACAACAGCCAUCUUUGUCUUCAACGUACCAGGCUUCUGGAAUUGUAGGCCAACAGAAUGCUCAGGACUACGGAUAUUCAAAGUUACCCCCAACAACUAGUUCAGUUAGUGAUCCUCGCUUCCAACAGGGGCUUCAGGCUGCUCAGGAAUGGAUGUGGAAAAACAAGCCAACAGGUGCACAUAGGAAUUGAUGCUUGGACGCCUUGGAGAGAGAUAGAAAGAGAAGUUGUCAACAAUCUUGUUAGCAAGGCAGCAAGGUCUUUGCGCCAAUAUGCCAAAUGGAUGUUUGAGGGGAACAUUUCCUUCAGGCAUUGGUCUCUUGCAUGAGCUUCGACUAUAUAUAGUUAAAUAGCUUGCAAAGUUAAACAUUUGUGCCAUAGUAUUGGGCAAGAAAUUGCUCGGCUGUAGGAUGUAACUAUUUGGUGUAACAUAGAAUCCAAUUUAGCAUAGCUGUAUUUAGAAGGCGGGUUGGCAAUUCAUUGAAGGGCUGCACGCCUUUCAAUUUUUCCAGACCGAGAAUUGCCAAAUGCCCCACCCUUUGAGCUUCAGUUGACGUUUUGGUAAGGAAAUCCAGUCUCAUCCUAAUUUCCAAAAAGAAAUUCGAAUCAUGAUGACGCUUCUUAGUUUU